AUGGCUUUAACAUUAAACGAAUUAGAAGCUCCUAUACCUAUCCAAAAUGGUGAUGUUUCCGAGGUUGAAUUAUCAUCAGAAGAUCGCAUAAAAAUUCCGAAAAUGGAAAUGGAUCUAACUGAGGAGAUGCAGGCUCCCCAGGCUGAGCAGGUAGGCCCACUUGUUGAAGGACCUGGUGCCAAGAGAGACCAACGACCAUUUUUGUUGCCUAAACUGACCACCUCUCAGCAGGAAGCCAUUCAGAAGGCCAAGAAGUAUGCCAUGGAACAAAGCAUCAAGAGUGUGUUGGUGCGUCAAACUAUUGCCCAUCAACAACAGCAAAUGGCUAACUUCCAAAAUACAAUUCAGAGACAACAGGCUUUAGCUCUUAUGUGCAGGAUUUACGUUGGCAGUAUCAACUUUGAAAUCAAAGAGGAUACUAUCAAACAAGCAUUUUUGCCAUUUGGACCCAUCAAGAGCGUAAACCUGUCGUGGGACCCUGUUACCAAUAAGCACAAAGGAUUUGCAUUUAUUGAGUAUGAAGUUCCAGAGGCUGCUCAGUUGGCAUUAGAGCAGAUGAAUGGAGUGAUGAUUGGAGGACGGAACAUCAAAGUGGGCCGACCCAGCAACAUGCCCCAGGCACAGCCCAUCAUUGAGCAACUGGCUCAAGAAGCCAAGAACUUUAAUCGUAUUUAUAUUGCAUCCAUUCAUCAGGAUCUCACAGAAAUGGAUAUUCAGAGUGUCUUUGAAGCAUUUGGUAAAAUUGUGACCUGCAAAUUAUCCCAAGACCCAGCCAAACCUGGGAAACAUAAAAGUUAUGGCUUUAUUGAAUACGAGACUCCACAAGCUUCUGAAGAUGCUGUUUCCUCGAUGAACCUGUUUGAUUUGGGUGGGCAGUACCUGCGUGUUGGCAAGGCCGUGACACCACCAAAUGCUCUGCAGCCUCCUUCCGGCCCCAGUAGCAUGCCCACAGCAGCGGCUGUUGCAGCAGCUGCAGUCACCGCCAAAAUCACUGCAAUGGAUGCUCAGCAACAGGCAGUUGGAGUAAUGGGUGCAAGUUUGGCUCCUCCUGGUUUAGCAAUGCCAACUGCUCUUGGUGCUAAUAAUGUUGGCACUCCAGUUUCUGCUGCGGCUACAGCUUCUCCCAUGAUAGGUUCAGCCAGCCCAACUAUGGGAUCUGCUGGUGUUGUCAAUCCGGCCGCAGCUGCUGCCGCUGCCGCCGCCGCCGCUGCAGCAGCAGCAGUUGUUAGUCAGCCAGGUGUGGCGGCACCAGCAUCUCCUGCUCUUUUGGGUACUGAACCAAUUGUUAAUAUUCCACCUGCCAUGCCUACAGCUGCUCCACUUACAGCAGCUCAGACACAGAUGCAAGCUUCAGCUGCUGCUGCAGCUGCCACUGCUGUGGCUGCUGCUGGUAUUGGUGGGGGCGCUGGAGUCUCACUGGCUGGUAUGCCUAAAAGUGUUAGCGAACAAGCCAAGAGUGCAAUUCUUGGAAUCCUGGGUAAAGGAUUAGACCCAUUGCAAAAGAAGGCACUGGAAGAGGAGCAGUCACAGACAUUGGAUCAACAGGAAAACAUGAAAAUCAGUGGCAGCAAUGCUCGUCACAUGGUGAUGCAGAAGCUGAUGAGAAAAUCAGAUUGUCGAGUGAUGGUUCUUCGAAAUAUGGUUGGUCCUGAAGAUUUGGAUGAUGAAUUAGAAACUGAAGUGACAGAUGAAUGCGGCAAAUUCGGCACUGUAAAUAGAGUCAUUAUCUACCAAGAGAAACAAAGUGAAGAAGAAGAUGCAGAGAUCAUAGUGAAAAUUUAUGUGGAGUUCUCAAAGCAAGAAGAAGUGGAGUUGGCUAUCAGUUCCUUGAAUGGCCGGUACUUUGGAGGACGUGUGGUCAGAGCAGAAAAAUAUGACCAAGACAUGUUUGAUGCUAAUGAUUUAUCAGGAUGA